GUUCUAAUAAACGUGGCUCAACUUCCGGCAAAUUUUGACAGAAAAAUUCUAUGAUAAUUUAUUUUAAUUUUCGGGUUCACGCAACUAGUUAAAAUAAAAUAUUCUGCGUAUUCCAUUCUAUCAUUAUGGGUUCAAGUGGUGAAUUCGGCAACCCGUUAAGAAAGUUCAAGCUCGUAUUUUUAGGCGAGCAGAGCGUUGGUAAAACUUCUCUGAUUACAAGAUUCAUGUAUGACAGCUUUGAUAAUACAUACCAGGCAACCAUUGGCAUAGAUUUUCUGUCAAAGACUAUGUACCUUGAGGAUAGAACAAUUCGAUUACAAUUGUGGGAUACAGCAGGACAGGAAAGAUUUAGAAGUUUAAUACCAAGUUACAUUCGUGAUUCAUCUGUAGCAGUAGUAGUAUAUGAUAUAACAAAUGCAAAUAGUUUUCAACAAACAUCAAAAUGGAUAGAUGAUGUGAGAACAGAACGAGGUAGUGAUGUUAUAAUAAUGUUAGUUGGAAAUAAAACAGAUCUUUCAGAUAAAAGACAAGUUACUUCAGAGGAUGGUGAAAGAAAAGCAAAAGAAUUAAAUGUGAUGUUUAUAGAAACCAGCGCAAAAGCAGGAUAUAAUGUAAAACAAUUAUUCCGUCGUGUAGCGGCUGCAUUACCUGGCAUGGAACAAACAGAACCAAGAAAAGAUCAGAUGACGGAGGUUGUAUUAAAAGACACACCCCAGGAGCCACCACAACAAGAAGGCGGCUGUCCCUGCUGAUACCUGUCCACCCGUCCGUCUGUCUGCCUGUCUGCAUGCCUUUUAUCUGACUGAAUGGACAUUUUGUGUGUAUAUUGAAGUGCACAAAAACAACAACAAUGUGAUCUUAUUGUGAAAAUGCUUCCCGCCAAAUAAAAGGAGUCAGCAUAUAGAUAUCAUUUGACAAUUUUAAGUUUACAAAUGUGUUCAUUAUGUGAGCCGUGCCAUGGGAAAACCAACAUAGUGGGUAUGCGACCAGCAUGGAUCCAGACCAGCCUGCGCAUCCGCGCAGUCUGGUCAGGCUCCAUGCUGUUCGCUAACAGUUUCUCCAAUUCCAAUAGGCUUUAAAAGCGAACAGCAUGGAGCCUGACCAGACUGCGCGGAUGCACAGGCUGGUCUGGAUCCAUGCUGGUCGCAUACCCACUAUGUUGGUUUUCCCAUGGCACGGCUCAUGUGCAUUUCUGUACUCUGUGCCUUUACUGUGUACUUUGAAUUUUGGUGGGUAGUAUACACAAUGCUUUGUAUGUAGUCAAACCUUUGCCCUGUCUUUGUGUUUUACAGUGUCCGCAGGUGAAAGAAGAUAACAUAUUUUAUAUGUUUUGUACAAUAUAUUUUAUCAUGUUUAUCAUACAAUUUUAGAGAGAAAAAAAUGGAUGUAUUUGCGUAAUUACUGCAUAUAAUUAGCUUGCACUGGUAUUGAAAUUUUUAGAAUAUGGGAUAUAAAUUGAUUUAGAAGAAUUAAUUUAGCACAUUCACUCCGCUCAAUAGGGUUAUUGCAGAUCUAUGGGUAACUGGGUCAUGAGUUUACUCUCCGGCAAGGUGUAUGUACUCCAUGACUAUUGGAUAAAAGACUUUGUGUCCAAAGUCAUGUCAUCCUCCACCUCUAAUUCCUGUGGGGAAGUUGACAGUUACUUGCGGAGAACAGGUAAGUUCUAGUACAUGAUCCAGAAACUGGUUAGGUUUACUGACUGCUGUUGCAGAACUGAACUACUUUUGGAAAAUGGCACUUAGCCCAAAACACACACAAAACAAUUUUCUUACAGUGUUUUUAUUUAUUUAUUUUUUUUAUUAGGAAGGUUUGACUAUUUAUGAAGAAUGUGCAUGUUAUGGCAGAGUGUCUCACCCCAGAUUUACUGCAGCACUGCACAUCUCUUAUUUGUAUCUCUGGUGUGACAUGCUCGGUUGUAAAAGUCUGAUGUGGUUGUUACUUUUAACACUAGAAAUGAUCUGUUUUGUUACAAGCAUUUUUAUAUAAAGUAUAUACUCGUCUAUAAGACGAUUCUCCUAUAAGACAGGGUUGUUUUAGUCAAUGACAUUUAUUCUUUUGUCAGAAGAGGCAUCUCAUCAUGCACAUUAGGUCUUGAUUUUUAAGGAGAAAAUCCUGGUCUUAUAGGCGGGUAAAUAUGGUAAUUCUUUGUUGAUAUUUGUUAACAAUUUUAAGCUCCUUAUUACCCUACUCCGGGUGGGGUAUUAUGUUUAAAUACUACUUUCAAACAUUUAGUUUAACAUAACAUGUUUUAUAGGGAAAAGAAUAGAUUGGAAAAGAGUAUUUUUUAUGUUUUUAUACUUACAAUUAAGAAAGGUGGUUAAAAUCAGGUGGCUUGCUGUUAAUUAGUGCGAGUUUGACUAGUACUUGUGGUAAUUAGUUUUUCUCAUGUAAGCAGUCAAUCCAGCUCACUUGGGAAAGGUCAAAGGUGCCCUCAUUUGUCUGAAGAAAUGCCUGAAGGUAAAAGACAUCAUGUCUGAAGUCAUUCAUUCUCUGCCUCUGAUUCAUGUGGGGAAGUUGAUAGUAACUUUCGGAAAUCACUUUGAGGUUGAGAUAUAUGUUCAAUUUUCCCAAGAAACAAAAAAAAAAAAAUUUGUUUUAUAUUAUGCUUAGUUGCAUUAAAUUACACAUGUUGCAAUAAAUUGUAAUCUCAGUGCAGGAAACAGAUGCACAAAAAUGAAAAUAAUGUCAGAUGUGUGUACAAAGAUACACACAUUUAGUUCCAUUUCACUUUAUUGUUUGCAGUAUAAAGUUAAGAAGGUAAUGUUUGUUUGAAUGGAGAAAUGUGCUAUAAAGAACAAAACAUGACUACAGAUGUCAUCCUAUUUUAUGCGGAAAACUAGAAAUUAAUACAAAGUGCACAAAUGUGUUGAUGCGAUAUGAAUUACAUCUCACCAAUAAUUCCCAGUAUUUCACCGAAAAGCAUUGAAUAACAGCUAUUAGUAUGCUAGGAAUUGGAUAAGAAGGGCAUUAUUGUAUAUCUAAAAAAAAACUGUUGAUUGCUUAUUGUGAACAGCAUACUUUAUUACAUUAUGUUUAGGCUGUUUAAAUCAAAAGCUAAUAAGGCUGUUUGUUGCAUAUUUUGUUUAAAAUUUUAAUGUUUCACUGUCAUUUACCAUUGCUUGAGUUGCUAGAGAACGAUGUCGGAUAAAUUUUCAUAUUGUGUUCACUUUGUAGAUAGCUUUUAUUGUGAAAUAUUGAAAGUAUUUUUUCACCAUAGAUGUCAACUGGGCAUACAAUCAUUGUUUUUAGUGGCAGUGUAAAUGAGCAUGUUACUUUUAAUUGUCUGAUUUGUAUUUUUUUGCUAACCUUAGCAUAGAGUGCUGAAGGUGAGCUAUUGUGACCACCAUGUGUCGUUAUACCUAAUUUACAUAAAGCAUGGUCGGAAUGAGUGUUGUAAUGAAACCAAGGUCAGACGGAUACUAGGUUACUUGGGAAAAGAACUAGGUCGGUGAGCGAUACAGAGCCUACAUGGCCUUCUUAUUUGAUAAAUGAACAAAAUUUAAUAGUUAAAAAAAAAAGACAAAAGUGAAUAUAAAAUGUACAAAAUUGGUGACAUAAUGUACAUAAUGGUAAAUGCUGGAAGGUCAUCAAAACUAUAUUCCUGUUCUUAAAAUUUAAACGAUUAAAUUCUUAAAAGAUUUUGGCAGUCUCUGAUUACAUUGUCUUUUGUUCCCCUGACACACUUUGCAGGGGGUGGGGGGCCCCUUGCCAGAAUGAUUAAAGUUGUCGACUCUGAAUCACUCGCGUCUUACUGACGUCGGUUCAGAAUCUCAUUUGGGGUGUUGAAUUCUUCAUGUAAGGAAGCCAUUCAGUGUGAAUUUAAAAUGUUACUGGUUUCUUUCCAGUUGUGUAUUCAUACCUGUCUUCCUCCACCACCAUCAAAAGCUGGUGGAAAAUUAGUCAUUAAUUAUGUCUCCCACACAACUGUGCUGGAAGACAUAUUGAUUUACUCCUCUGUGUGUGUGUCCAUCCGUCUGUCACAAAUCUUGUCCACACAAGUCAAACAUUUCUCAUCCGAUCUUCACCAAUCUGGAACAAAAUGUGUUUGCUAAUAAGUCCACAGCCAAGUUCCAUUACCAGACAAAUAGGCCCAGGCACCCACUUUGGAAUUAUGGUCCUUGAAUUACUGAUAGGCCGUUUACACCAAAACUUACUCCAAAACUAUCAAAGGUAUAUUUUCUGUAAGUAGUAUAUGAAGACAGACUUACUAUUCAGAUGAUUAGGCAAGUGUGGAAGACGUGCGCUUUUCUCAAAAGCAGCUCUAGUUUUGCCAUUGUGACGCAAAGACUAAACAAAAAAUAUUUUAGUUUUAAAUGAAACUGUAAUAUGUAUUAACAGAAAGAACAGAACAUCAAGAAGGCAAAGUUUUUACGUUCCUGAAAAUCUGCCAUUCAUAUCACAUGGCAAACUUGUAUGGUAGGGUUUAUUUUUUACACCACCCCCUGCAUACCCCUGAUAAUGAGAAUUCUUAAAUUAAGUGUCCUGUUUACCUGGAUAUUGUCUUUAAAACUUUUAAAAAAACAUGAACUCAUUUACACAAUCAGUAACAAAUUUUACAAAAUUGAGACCUGAUUACCUAGCAUUUAUUAUUUAUCAAUUAAUUGAUAAGGGUUUAAAAUAGAUGUAUGUAGCCUGUUUGUGUGUUAAUAUAAUUUAAUCAUUACUCUAAAGAAUGUUAUUAGACCAAUACAUUAAACACUACAUACUUAGUUUAUGUUUAACUUGGUUAGUGAUAGGGGUUUUUAACUUGCAUAAAAUGUGGGUAAUUUAUUAUAUUAGAGAGAAUGACAUAUAUAUAUAUUUCUGUUUUUUUUUCUACUUUUGUCUGUUAAGGUCAGAGGCUAAUGCCACAUCUACCCUGAAACCUUUUGACACAAUUUUAACAAAAUUUAUGCUUUACCAGAUUUCAAAUUUUGCUCUCGAAGAGAAAAAUAUGGGAACAGUUUUUCAUAUCUUUUUUUGGUUAAGACAGUUUUAAUUUUAUUUUUGAGAUAUUUUGUUUCUGGCAUGCAUUUUAUUGAUGUACCGUAUUUACCCAUUUAUUAGAUGUUUUAAAAAUUAACUCUCUUAAUUAUGUCUCCCACCACACAGUUGUGUGGGAGACAAAAUUGAUUUACUCCUGUCUGUGUGUCUGUCUGUCACAAAACUUGUCCGCACUCUUAAGUCGAACAUUUCUCAUCCGAUCUUCACCAGACUUGAACAAAAUGUGUUUGCCAAUGUUCUCAUCCAAGUUCAAUAACUAGCCAAAUCAGCACAGGCACUUCGGAAUUAUGGCCCUUGAAACUUGUUUUUGAUAAUCAAAGCACUUAAAUUCUCUUAAGGCAGUAUAGGUCUUGGUGCAUGGUUGACUCAUAUACUACUAUUCAGAUGAUUUGGCAAUUGUGGGAGACAUGCGCUUUUCUCAAAAGCAGCUCUAGUUAUUUCAAAAAUGGCUCUUGUCAAUAACAUAGACUUGCUUACUAUAUGAGGCAACACAUUAGGUCUGACUUUUAAUGCGGGAAUCAUCGUCUUGUAGGCGAGUAAAUACGGUAAUGUAAAAGUAUGUUGUAGGCCUCUGUACAUAUACGCAUGUCAUAUAUUAAAUGAUACAUAUUAUUUAUUUUUUCACCUUUUGAGUCUUAUAUUCACUUUUAGUUGCUGCAAAAUGAAAACAUUUGUUUUAAUUUAUAUUUAUAGAGAAUCUGCGAUAUUAGCUUCGUAUGAAGAAAUAUGCAGGAGUUCCACAAAAGAAUUAGUGCGAAUUUCUGAAUGUAAAGCUUUUAAAUAAUCUUUUUAUGCCCCCGAAGGGAGGCAUAUAGUUUUUGAACCGUCUGUCGGUCUGUCGGUCUGUCAGUCGGUCUGUCAGUCUGUCCGCAAUUUUCGUGUCCGGUCCAUAUCUUUGUCAUCGAUGGAUGGAUUUUCAAAUAACUUGGCAUGAAUGUGUACCACAGUAAGAUGACAUGUCUUGCGCAAGACCCAGGCCCGUAGCUCAAAGGUCAAGGUCACACUUAGACAUUAAAGGAUAGUGCAUUGAUGGGCGUGUCCGGUCCAUAUCUUUGUCAUCGAUGGAUGGAUUUUCAAGUAACUUGGCAUGAAUGUGUACCACAGUAAGACAACAUGUCGCGCGCAAGACCCAGGUCCGUAGCUCAAAGGUCAAGGUGACACUUAGACGUUAAAGGAUAGUGCAUUGAUGGGCGUGUCCAGUCCAUAUCUUUGUCAUCAAUGGAUGGAUUUUCAAAUAACUUGGCAUGAAUGUGUACCACAGUAAGACGACGUGUCACACGCAAGACCCAGGUCCGUAGCUCAAAGGUCAAGGUCACACUUAGACAUAAAAGAUCAUUUUUCAUGAUAGUGCAUUGAUGGGCGUGUCCGGUCCAUAUCAUUGUCAUUCAUGCAUGGAUUUUAAAAUAACUACGCAUGAAUGUGUGACACAGUUAGAUGACGUGUCGCGCGCAAGACCCAGCUCCGUAGGUCAAAGGUCCUAAACUCUAACAUCGGCCAUAACUGUUCAUUCAAAGUGCCAUCGGGGGCAUGUGUCAUCCUAUGGAGACAGCUCUUGUUAUUGCAUAUGUUUCUACUCUUAUUUAGAUUAUAUAAAUGAUAGAAAGUUGUUCUGUCGCCUUCAUAGAAUUGAAAAUAUCCUUGUUGAUGAAAUUUUAAUGCUAAAGUACACAUUUAAAGAACGUCACAAAUGACGUCUGAGAGCCAAUAUGAAAUUCAGAUAUCAGCAUGGAAAGAUAUAGACAUGUUAUUACCAGCAUUGUCCAAGUUGGUAAUUUUUAGUAUAAUACUAAAAAAGUGAACCCCUAAUCAUUAACAGAAAUUUCUGUUUGAUAACAUAUUCUCAGUGUUCACUGUAUACUAUUUUUGUCAUUUCUUGGUUUGUUAUGGAAAGAGGCUGUUUGCUGAAAUCAGUUUGGGAGUUUAUGUAAUUGCUCAGAAAUUGCUGAGUGCCAUCGCCUUAAAUAAUACAAUCUGACUAAAGUACUUGAUCUUCUAAACGAAGAUCUGAGAACGGCCUAUUCACAUUCGUCUUCUGUAUAUUUUGGAUUUCCAUUAUUGCUAUUUUUAUGUUAUCCAAUCAGACGACUUGUUCGAUUGUCAAAGGAUAAGAAAAAUAUGCGGUUAUUCCAGGACUCGAACCCGGGACCCCUCGCUUAUAAAGCAAGUGGCCUACCGACUGAGCUAACCGGCUAUCUAAUACAUUACGACAUAAGAAUUGUAAAUAUCAAAAGUCAAUGCUACAUGUAGAUUUGCAAGAUGUUGUAAGCUAGGCUCUGAUUGGCUAGCGAAAGACCCGUCAGAACGAGGCAAUGAAUAGGUCGUUUUCAGAUCCUAUGCGUAGCGUAAUAGGAUAUGUACUUUAGUCAGAUUGUUAAAUAAUGUUAAGUUUUUUUUUUCUAUUUUUCUCAUCAGAUGUUUGUUGUGUGACUAACACUGCUGAGUACCACAGACCAAACAAGUGUAUAAUUAUGUGGAACUUAAUACUGCCUAGGACCUCUGUAGCCAAGUGGUUAAGGCCACUGGCUUCGAAUCACUUGCUUCUCUCCACUAUGGGUUCAAAAUGAUUGAGGGAUAGAGUUCUUUCAUGUGAGGAAGUCAUCCAGCUGGCUUACUUCAGGUCAUUGUAUCUACCAAGGUGUCUGUCCGUGCCUGAAAGUAUGGUUGGAGCUGCGCUUCAAAAAAGUUCAAAUAAAACUGAGCACAUGCCUCUUUAAGUUUUUAACAGAUUGUCUUUAUGAAUAUGAUCAGUGAAGUCACAAAUAUACCUCUGUAUAUUUAAUGUUACUGUAGAUUCUGUAAUAUUCAUGAUCAUUUUAUUUUUGCUAAUAUUGACAAACAGAGUGACACACAAAUUCAGAACACAUGUGAAUGCUAAGAAUUUUAACUGCAAAAGUACAAUUGAGAAUGUGAAUUCUUACCAACACAGAUGAGCUUGUUGUCUUUCAAAAACACAAAACAAAAGUGGCAUGAAAUUUAACCAAUGUAUAGUAUAAAAUGGGAAUGAGUACAUUAGUUAAAACACACUAUCCACCUUCAUCUACAACAUGACCCCAUUUGCGCAUGCCCUUGUCAUCAAAUAUGACAGCUUUUUAGUUGUGACAAGUUUUUGAAUUAGCAACUCAAAUUUUAACGGGAAAGGUCCUAAUUCACAGGUACAUAUUUUUCUAAAACAACUGUAAGCAAAAAAGUGGCAGACUUAUUUGUCUUUUAGAAUCCAGAGAAUUCUUAAGCCAUAUACUGUAUUUUAGGUAUUCAAGUGACUAGGACAUGUCUGAAUUAAAGGACUGUUAUUGCUUUGACUGUUUGAUUAAAAGUCAAAAGUAGGAGCAGGUCUCCAUGACUAUUGAUUGCUUGUUUCAUCCAUGCUCUUGCUUUCUUUCAGACAUAAAACUUAUGUAGUAUAAAUUGCAGACAGAUUUUGAAAUUAAAAGUAAAGUGGUAACAUGCCUAGAUAGAAUAUUAGGUAGUUUUUAUGCUACUCUUUUAAAACACGAUUUUAAAUUUUGAGAUUGUUUGCUAAACUAUAAAGAACUUGGAUUUAAAAGGAAAUAUGUGAGAAUUUUGCUAGGAUUCAUUUUUGCUAAACUAUAAAAUCAAGGUAAUAAAAGAACUUGGAUUAAAAAGGGAAAUGUGUGUGAAUUUUCAAAAAUGUUUGCUAGCAUUCAUUUUAUUUAACUUCCUGAAAACAGAAAAUUGAAAGAAUAAGAAUUUAACCUCCAAUAAUAGACUUGAAAACAAAAUACUACAAUUUCAGUAAGAUUUUAGAUGAAAAUAAUUUAGAAUUAUCAAAUGCAGAAACUGUACAGUUUUCAUGUACUUAUGUACAUAGCAUAUUUGCUCUUUUACUGCAUUUUCUCUCAUUGAUGAGCGAUAGUAGAAGCCAUAUCUUAAGCAAAUAUGGAAAUGCUUAUAAAAGGCAGUUGUUACUGUUUUAUUAAUUACGUGGGAUUAUGUAUAAUUAAGGGAUAUUUGCUUUCAAGAGCUGCAUGUUUUUGUUAGUUAUAAUGCUUUCAUGUAAAUAUAAUUGUACAUAUAUGCAGUAAAAACUAAAUAAAUGUGUGAAAUACCA